GAAAAAGGAAGUUAGCGAAAUAAAGUGGCAGUAAAGCUAGUUCAAAAGCGUUCAAAAGUUCUAGGUCUAAUUUGUUUGUUUUGCUACUAGUUACAUGGAUCCCGACGACUGUUUAGACGAGGAAACUCCUGCAUAUGAUAGGAAGAUGAAAAGUCUUCAUUUGCUCACGACGAAGUUUGUCCAGUUACUAGAAGAAGCUGAAAACGGAGAGCUGGACCUCAGACACGCUUUCAGUGCUCUGGCUGUUGGACAAAAGAGAAGAAUCUACGACAUCACAAAUGUGUUGGAGGGCAUUGGUCUUAUCAGAAAAUUAUCUAAGAACCAUGUAAAGUGGCAGGAGACGAAUCCAAGAAGAAAUGUAACUAGUGCAGGAAGAAUUCUUAUGAAGCUGAAGGCUGAGGUGUCUCACUUGGAGUGCAGGGAACAUUUUCUGGACCAGCAGAAACUUUGUAUUGAACAAAACAUCAAGGAAAUAACCGAAAACGACAGAGAUUCAGUUUAUGUGACUCAUGACGACAUCUGCAACUCCUUCUGUGGUCGAACUGUUUUGACAGUAAGAGCACCCCAGGACACAACACUUGAUGUUCCCAUUCCAAAAGCUGUCCCAAACUGUCCAGCAAAAUACCAGAUUUAUCUAAAAAGUCUCAAAGGACCAAUUGAUGUUAUACUUUUUAACAAAUGUUCUGCCAGCUCGGUUCCUCUUGUUUUGCCAGUCCCACCAUCUGAAGAAGUUCUACAAUGUGCCAAGUCAGCUAUGUCACCUCCUGAUGAGAAAGAAAACAUAAUUGAACCCAAACAGCCGUCAGCUAUUGUCCAGUAUGGAGAAAAAUGGGUGCCUCAAUGCAUGUUAUCAUUUUUUAAUGCUGAAAGCAAAACAAGCGAUAGAUCUCCAUUUAUAGAUUUAUCAAAGGAACAGCAGGACCUGAUUAGGGCACCCAGAGUUUUGUCACCCCUUGGCCAUCUAGCUUGACCCCCACCUGAACACGACCAUGUUUGUAACCAGGAGGACGUUACAGGGAUUCUUCAUGAUACACUGUAUCUGUUUCUUUAAAUACUCUGAUGUUUUUGCUGAUGUGUUUUUUCAUAUUUUGUUAUAAGUUGGUUUAAAAAAUAAAAAAACAAGAUUUCAAA